GCCUAAACCGGAAGUAGGCAUAUCGAUGGACGCAUUCCACGGUAUUCUAGCUGCAACUAAGAAUUGAUUGAUUAAAAUAUGUUUAAGGCAAAAAUUCUCGUUCUUGGCCCUUGUGAGGGAUGUCAAUUGACCCAAAUUUGAAAUCCGGAAAAUUAAGCUAGGGGUCUGGGACCGCAGGACCCCAACAGGGAUUAAGGGCCGAGUCCCUAUGGGGGAACUAAUGACCGGAAUUCAAUGAAACUUUAUGGGAAGCUUCACUACCAAGAGGAGAUGUGCAUAUUAUCAGCGGGUUCUUGUCGGAUGAUUUUUCACAGAAGUGGGAAAUCAGCCCUCUCUAACUUUCUAGCAGAUGCUACAGAAACAGCCAGUGGUGAUUAUCAUCCAACUCAAGGUGUACGAAUUUUAGAGUUUGAAAAUCACAACCCUAUGGCAGGGCAUGGCAGGCAGUCCACUGUGGAAGUGGAGCUCUGGGAUUGCAGUGGAGACAAGAAGUUUGAGACCUGCUGGCCCGCUAUGGCCAAGGACACCACAGGAAUCAUAUUUGUGUACAACCCAGACCAGCCCAACCAUGACAAAGAGCUGGAGAACUGGCAUAAUUUUUUCAUUGAAGAGCAAGGUAUCAAGGAAACGUCAUGCUGUGUGUUUGCUCACCACAAACCUAGUUCUCCUGAAAGGGAAAAGUCGCAACUGUCCCCCUCCGCGCACCCUUCUGCUCAGUGCUUCAGUAACAUCCCGGUGGUUCACACCAACAUAGAGGAGGAGGGAGAGUCAGUGCGGAACGAGUUCAGUCAAUUCUUAGCGAAACUCACUGUCGCCAUGUCAGAUAAACGUGAGCAGGAGGAACUAAGCAUCAUGAACCAUCGCUAAUCUGGCAAUUAUUGAUUGUAAUUGGGUUUAUAUUAUUUAAGGUGUUAACAAUGAAUUUACAGAUUAUGCUCCUUUUACAUGAUAAGUUAUUCCAUGAAGAAAAUGUGAACUUCCUACUAACAAGUCAUUAUGGUUUUCAUAAAUUAAAGUUGUGUAUUUAUUGGGUUAAUUUGUGUACAGGAGUUUGAUAAAGUAAUUAAUUGGUGGCUUAAUUUGUUUAUAGGAAUUUGAUUUAGUAAUUAAUUGUAUUGAAUCUCCCCUGUUAAUUUAUUUUCAUUUCUUUUUUUUUUUUUUAAGGUAUUGUUUUAGAAUGAUGAACUUCAACUGUAUAAUACAGUACCCUUACAUACCAUAUGAUUAUAAAUUUGUCAUGGGGCUUAACAUGUGGGGAAUAGGGGUUAUAGUAGUCCAAUAAUUUGAUUAAUUAAUAUUGAAAUUUUAUUUUAAAAAAGCAGGUAGAAACCAUGUAAUCUCAUUCCAGUUAAGCAAUUAAAUUAUGCUUUGUGUUUAAAUGUAAAAUGAAGGAAUGAAUAAAAUUUUCUUUUUAGAGUGUUGAUAAAAAUUGACUUUCUAUAGCAUUGGGUUUCAUUUUCUUUGAACAUUUUUGCAAUAUACAAUUUUUCAAUAAUGGAAAUAUUAGUAACAUUUUUUUAUCGCGAGACAAAUUCAUACGUACAUGUAUUCUAUGCAGUUUUUUUAUGAGGAUCAUAAAUAGUUAAAUAGUUAAUUAUGUGAAUCUGUAUUAAAUUUAUGUUAAUUUAAUUAAAUAAAUGACCUAUAUUUUA